AUGGUGAUCGUGUGGACCGCCGAAUGGGACACCAAGCUCUUAGUAGCAAUAUGGGAGACUUGUGGCUCCAAAUUCGAUUGGGAAUCAGCCGCAGAAAUUCUGGGUAAAGCCUGCACGCCUGAAGCAAUCAUGCAGCAUUUGCGGAAUCUCACCAAGAAAGCUUCCGACCAGCGGCGAGAACAGCGUGAAGUUCUACUCAAGUCGCAUGCUGCGCGAGACGCCAGUGUGGCCAAAGGCAAAGCCAGGCGCAGAUGGGGCUACAGUCGCAUAAACUAUGCUCGCAGACGUCCCAGCCGCAAGGUUGUCACCCAAGAUCAGAGCCCAGCUGAUGAGCAGCCAUCUAAAGCUGCUCCGAUUCCGCGUAAGCGUAGGUUUCAGGAUGAUUUGCCGCUCUUCAAGCCCAUCGAAGAAGAGAUAGAGAGACGUCCUCCACAGAUCAACCGAACCCGCAAGCGCCAUUUCCGAGAGGCACCAGAAUCUCCGGAUGAGGAUCAUAAUUCGAGCCAGCGGACCUCCUUCAGCUAG